CGUGGCGCGGUCGGUCGGCGACGUUUCUGCGGCUGGUCGGUGGGUGAGUGUGCCGCCGUUGGUCCCCGCCGCUUCGGAGCACGAGGUGUGGGCAGGGCCUCCCGCCGAGACGAAUCUUCACAAAAGAUGUCUAAGCAACAACCAACUCAGUUUAUAAAUCCGGAAACUCCUGGCUAUGUUGGAUUUGCAAAUCUUCCCAAUCAAGUUCACCGAAAAUCAGUGAAAAAAGGUUUUGAGUUCACACUGAUGGUGGUCGGUGAAUCAGGUCUAGGAAAAUCAACUCUCAUAAACAGCCUAUUCCUGACUGAUCUCUACCCAGAGAGAGUCAUACCUGGAGCUGCAGAGAAAAUCGAAAGAACUGUCCAGAUUGAGGCUUCAACUGUUGAGAUUGAAGAGCGAGGAGUCAAGCUGCGCCUGACAGUAGUGGACACACCUGGCUAUGGUGACGCCAUCAACUGCAGGGAUUGUUUUAAGACGAUCAUCUCCUACAUUGACGAGCAGUUUGAACGGUACCUGCAUGACGAGAGUGGCUUGAACAGGCGGCACAUCAUCGACAACAGAGUGCACUGUUGCUUUUACUUCAUUUCACCUUUUGGACACGGACUUAAGCCCUUAGACGUUGCGUUUAUGAAGGCGAUACACAAUAAGGUGAACAUUGUGCCUGUCAUUGCAAAAGCCGACACGCUCACCCUGAAGGAACGGGAGCGGCUGAAGAAAAGGAUUCUGGAUGAAAUUGAAGAACAUAACAUCAAAAUCUAUCACUUACCUGAUGCAGAAUCAGAUGAAGAUGAAGAUUUUAAAGAGCAGACUAGACUUCUCAAGGCCAGUAUCCCGUUCUCUGUGGUUGGCUCCAAUCAGUUGAUUGAAGCCAAAGGCAAGAAGGUCAGAGGCCGCCUCUACCCAUGGGGAGUUGUGGAGGUGGAGAACCCAGAACACAAUGACUUUCUGAAGCUGAGAACAAUGCUCAUUACCCACAUGCAGGAUCUCCAGGAGGUGACUCAAGACCUUCACUAUGAAAACUUCCGUUCUGAAAGGCUCAAGAGAGGUGGCAGGAAAGUGGAGAAUGAAGACAUGAAUAAAGACCAGAUAUUGCUGGAAAAGGAAGCUGAACUCCGCCGUAUGCAGGAGAUGAUUGCAAGGAUGCAGGCGCAGAUGCAGAUGCAGAUGCAGGGUGGGGACGGCGACAGUGGUGCUCUUGGGCACCAUGUGUAAGAAAAUACUUUCCUGGAUUAAAAAAAAAGAAAACAUUCCGGAUGAGUAAUACAGCUGCGUGUUUUCAUGAGACUGUUGGAAGGGUGCCCAUAUACAUUUUACAGUACCUGUGCCUGAAAAUUUAAUUUUUUAAAAUAACCAUCAAAAGAUGGUUUUUUUGUAUGAAGUACUUUUAACUUUUGUAUUUCAUUACUAUGUCACGCUCUAUAUUUUGCGAGGUAAACUUUCAUUUUCAUUUUAUUUCUUCUUAACUAACCACUAAUGUGAGAAUUGAUUUCCAAGAAUCAGUUAGCAUGUAUAGUUAAUACUGAAUUGCUUUGGUUUAGCUGGCCUAACUGACUGAUCGUUGGUGAGCACUCUUGAUUAAUAUCUAGACCAUUCAGACUUUACCCAGAAUGUUCCUGAGUGGUAGAGACAUGUACCUAGAGAUACAGGAAGAUGUGCUGACUUGACACAGGGCCAUUUACUUACCAAGUCACAUCAUGGGGAGACUCUUAAGGUGCUUGCUUUUUGUAUUUGCACAACACCUAAAAGCAGUUUUGCUGCUGUAAUUCAAUACUGUUAAUUCAUGUGCACAUUUAUCUGUUAGCCAAAUAAAAUAAUAGAUCUAACGAGAUAGAUGUUUAUAUUUAAAUAGCUUUUUUUAAACAAGCUUUUAGGGGUGAAUUUUAAGAAGUCUCUGGAUGCCGAUGUUAGAUCAUUUUUAAAACCACUAUGCAGAGAACUCACCACAAGCAACUUGUUGUAGUGUUCUUCACUAAUACUGACUAUACCAUGCUACAGAGAACAUUAGCUAUGAGCUCCAGUUUUAUAUUGCAGCCAAGAUUCUUAACUACACAUUGAGAGUCAGUAAACUAUUUUUAUUCAGAUAAAUUAGAGAAUAAUUUUUUCAGGAAAAUUAGCAACUGACCUGUUCAGACACCAACCUUUUUAUGUUUUAUACUGCACUUUAAUGUAUUUUCUAUAACUGCAAGUGUAGAACUUCAGCAGUGGAAAUUGAGGUCAUUUGGUCGGCAUGCCCCUGAACCCAAGCUUGUCAUUGGGCAGUGUUCCUGCCCUAAGAUUUCAGCCCCAGGAAGCCCAAAUGCCUACCAGGUUUUCCUGAUUUGGGUUUCCUUUAACUGUUCCUUUUUUGAAUGGUUUUCUGAUUAGAGAUAAAUAGCAGUGAUCAUUUUUUUAUGUUCAGACUGUCUCAUCAAGUUUCAGCAGUUGUCAUUCUUUCAUUUUGUGUAAUGUAAAUUUUUCCAUGUGUUGUAUAAGAAUGAAAGACAUUUCAGAUCUAGAAGAAUUUCAGGUAUAUAAGAAUGAAAGACAUUUCAGCAUAGGCUGGUUGACAGGUGCCCAGGGCCGAAGCAGCACCUGGUCUGUUUUCUGCACUGUUGCCUUGGGCCUCACCUUUCUUGCUCUUUCCUCCUGUGUCUCCCUGUGGUAGACUCUCAGUGGUAGAUCGUUUUGUUGAUCAUUUCUACUAACAUUGGGAAAUUUGACCCCAGAAAGUGGCAGAUGAAAGGUGGUAACAGUUUUGGAGGGAACAGGUGCUGGUUCAGUAUUUUGAUUUUACUAUAACAGAAGUUGAGAUGGAAAAAAUACUUAAUCAUACGAUGAGACAGGGUUUUUUGUUUUGGCCAGAAAAAAAAAUAAAACGUGUUGGUCAGCAAGUAUUACUUAUGAAGGUAUGCUAUAGAAAAUAACCUCGUGUUCUUGCUGAUGUUGCCCCUUGACUGGUGCAUAAUUGUGAAUGCCAAAAGCUGUAUGUUUAGGCUCAUUGUGUGAAGUUUUUAUCAAGAAAAAGUGUUCCGUGACUUUAGAGUACAUCCAUGCAGAGUCAGUUCUUUGGAUUGUUUUGUUGUUAACUUUGCUAGAGAAAGCUAUAAAAAAGAAAGCAUUGCAAGUGGUCAGUGUAAGCCCUGUGUAUUUUUGAGAAAAAGUACUUAGGGGAGCUGCCACCUAAUAGUGGUUAUGCAGGAUGGGAGGCCUACACUGUUACACUCCUAAAUCCCCUUUUGUUUUGCAGUGUGUUUUUGCUAAUAGAUAAUUACACUUUUACUAAGAGAUAACGUCUACCUAUAAAAAUGUAUUUUGAAAACACUUAUUUUACACAGCAUUUUUUUUUAUGCAUUUAAACUAACCUUUUAUCAAUAAAGCACUAUUUAGAUUUUAAAA